UCCACUUUUUUCCCCCCCACCCCCUUUCCGCGUCCCCGCAGCGUGUCCCCUUCCCUCGGGAGGACAUCGCUGGGGGAGCGGGGCUGCGGCGAGGAUGUGCCGGCCCCCGCGGCGGAGCCAGCAGUGAGCACCCAAGGGAGGCACCUGCCCCGCGGAGCAGGGGGGCCCCCGGGGGGGCCGCACCGCCUCGCCCCGGCGCCGACACUUCGCCCCGAGUUUAGCGACUCACGGGGGCUUCGAGCAUGAGCAAGCCGGCGGGAUCAACAAGUCGCAUUUUAGACAUCCCUUGCAAAGUGUGUGGGGACCGCAGCUCCGGAAAGCACUAUGGGGUUUACGCCUGCGAUGGGUGCUCGGGAUUUUUCAAGCGGAGCAUCAGGAGGAAUAGGACCUAUGUUUGCAAAUCAGGAAAUCAGGGAGGCUGCCCGGUGGACAAGACGCACAGGAACCAGUGCCGAGCCUGCCGGCUGAAGAAGUGCUUGGAGGUCAACAUGAACAAAGAUGCGGUGCAGCACGAGCGGGGCCCCCGGACGUCCACGAUACGGAAGCAGGUGGCCCUCUACUUCCGCGGGCACAAGGAGGAGAGCGGCGGAGCCCCGCACUUCCCCGCCGCCGCCCUGCCGGCACCCGCCUUCUUCACCGCCGUCUCCCAGCUGGAGCCCCAUGGCUUGGAGCUGGCCGCUGUCACUGGCACCCCUGAGAGACAGGCUCUGGUGGGCCUGGCACAGCCCACCCCAAAGUACCCACAUGAAGUCAACGGUACCCCUAUGUAUCUCUACGAAGUGGCCACUGAAUCUGUCUGUGAAUCAGCAGCCAGACUUCUAUUCAUGAGCAUCAAGUGGGCUAAGAGUGUGCCAGCGUUCUCCACCUUGUCCUUACAAGACCAGCUGAUGCUUUUGGAAGAUGCUUGGAGAGAACUGUUUGUUCUAGGAAUAGCACAAUGGGCCAUUCCAGUUGAUGCUAACACUCUACUGGCUGUAUCUGGCAUGAAUAGUGACAAUACAGAUUCUCAGAAGCUGAACAAAAUUAUUUCAGAAAUACAGGCCUUACAGGAGGUUGUGGCUAGAUUUAGACAGCUUCGGCUAGAUGCUACUGAAUUUGCCUGUCUCAAAUGCAUUGUCACUUUUAAAGCUGUGCCCACACACAGUGGUUCUGAACUGAGGAGUUUCCGAAAUGCGGCCGCCAUAGCAGCCCUUCAAGACGAAGCCCAGCUCACCCUGAACAGCUACAUUCAUACCAGGUAUCCCACACAACCCUGUCGUUUUGGAAAACUUCUAUUGCUUUUACCAGCUUUACGUUCAAUUAGUCCAUCUACAAUAGAAGAAGUAUUUUUCAAAAAGACAAUUGGGAAUGUACCAAUUACAAGACUGCUUUCAGAUAUGUACAAAUCCAGUGACAUAUAAAUUACCUUAAAAUAAACAAUCAGGAUGGACAGUUUGAGAAGAACUUUUAUCUAUGGAGAAUAAGCCUCAACUAACAAAAUCUACAGGAAGCAUAAGCCUGGGAAUGUUUAGUCCUUAAACUCAUUGACAAAAAAUACCCCAGUAGAUAUGAUUCUGCUGCUCUGAACAGAGUGAUUUAGAUCAUGGAGAGAAUGCUUUGUUCUACAGAAAAAGUGAAAGUGGUUGGAAUUUGGCUGCUAUUCCUGUUACUACAGGAUGGAGGCAAUUCAGAUGCCAGUCAUAGUUAACAAAGACUCUGCUAUUCUCUCAUUCAACUGGCAGAUCUGAGACAAAAUGUGAAAGAAGGUACUUUAGCUUGUUCAGUAUUUGGAACCGGGUGACCAAACUUGGCUUCUGUUAUAACACAAGAUGUGGUGGCCUUCAGAAUUGUUUUAAAAGUAGCCUAUGUUGGGAAAAUGUUUUUAAUAUGAUAGGCAACAUUUGAGACCAAGUUACCAAAACAUUGCUUCUGCUAUAAUGCAUCAUGAAGUGGCCUUCAGAACUGAUUAAAAGGUAGCUUAUGACCGCAGCUCCAUUCUUCCUACAAAAUGAACUGGUGAUCUUUGAUGCAGAUGUCACCACAAUUUGUUCGGCUAACAUCUCAAAGACAGAAGAGCUUUAUACAUUUCCUCCCCGACCUUCCCUCCUUCUUCUUCCAUACACAGACAUACAUUCAAACACACACACACACACACACACACACACACCUGAAAAGAGACAACACAAGAAAGGAAGACUAAAACAGCAAAACCAAAUACAAUGGAGAUGACCGCUUCAGUGAUCUGCUGGCUGUCCUGUUGGCACAGUGCUGAAACCAAAGGCAACGGUGGCCAAACUCUUUGUCAAUGAGAUGUGCAGAGAAAUUAAAUGACUAUAAAAAAAAUCAAUUGAAGGAAUUUUAUUUCAAAGAAAUAAAGGCUGUUGACUGACAAAAUGCUAACAAUUUUCAGAAGUCUCCAAUGCCUUUUUAGAAAACUCCAGGUUCUAAUUUUGAAGCCUUGUUCGCCUACACCCUCUCACACACAAAAAUGUUAUAAGCUGCUUAUUUGUUGUAUGAAUAAUGUAGAAAAAAAACAUUUAAAGAUAGCUGCUGUCCUUUUCAAAAUUUGAUUUGUUAUUAGGAACUAGCACUGAGAAAGAUCAGCACUUGAACUAUCAUAGAAUGAGUAAAACUUUUCUUGUACAAAGUGGAUUAACUGAUUUGUGAAGUUAAAAAGUUGUACUCAUUGUAUUUACAAAGAAUAAAAAUAUAUUGAAUUUAAAUUA